AUUUUCGCACCCCCUAGUGGCUGUACAGCGCACUCCGGAAAGAGAUGGAACAGCUAUAAGAGCUGUCGUUCGCCGGAACGCACAAGGGCAAUGACGAGCACGGAGAUGCCAGCUGCAUACUACUAGCAACGGAGACGGAGUCCUGGCAGGAAAUUUUUUCGCGACCAAUCAUGACCCGGAAAUGCAGCGGGGGUGUCGGUACAAGUAGUGGGGUGUCUAAAACGGGGUAUUUCAUGCAGGUUGGAAGUUUUUAGCCCGUUGUGAUUGGGUGUCUAGAUAUGCCGCAGACGUAUAUCGACGUCCACCUCUCAAGAAUUUAUAUCGCUGGAAAUCCAGCUGGUUCGCAAAAUCAGCACCAACCAUGAUGUCUAUUUCGAGAGUUGCUGCAUUGAGAAACCAAUUUGCUCGUCUAGCCAAGCCGGCUGUAGUCCAGCAGGUCUUCAGACACUCCACUGCCUCUGCUCCAACCAUCCCAAAGACCCAGAUGGGAUGUGUUUUUGAAACCAACGGCGGUCCAAUUGAGUACAAGGAGAUCCCAGUUCCAAAGCCAAAGCCAAACGAGAUUCUGGUCCACGUCAAGUACUCUGGUGUGUGCCACACCGACUUGCACGCCUGGAAGGGUGACUGGCCACUGCCUGUCAAACUCCCACUUGUGGGUGGUCACGAGGGUGCCGGUGUUGUCGUUGCCAAGGGUGAGAACGUUAAAAACUUCGAGAUCGGCGACUUGGCCGGUAUCAAAUGGCUGAACGGCUCGUGUAUGGGUUGUGAGUUCUGUCAACAGGGUGCCGAACCAAACUGUCCUGACGCCGACCUUUCCGGUUACACACACGACGGUUCUUUCCAACAAUACGCCACUGCUGACGCUGUCCAGGCCGCUAAGCUGCCUCCAGGAACUGACCUCGCUGCUGUUGCUCCAAUUUUGUGUGCUGGUGUGACUGUUUACAAGGCCUUGAAGACUGCUGCUUUGCGUCCAGGUCAGAUUGUUGCUAUUUCCGGUGCCGCCGGUGGAUUGGGUUCUCUUGCCGUUCAAUACGCUGUCGCCAUGGGUCUGAGAGUUCUGGGUAUUGACGGUGGUGAGCAGAAGGGCGAGUUCAUCAAGAAGCUCGGUGCCGAAUUCUACGUCGACUUCACCAAGGAGAAGGACAUUGUGUCUGCCAUCCAGAAGGUCACCAAUGGCGGUCCACACGGUGUCAUCAACGUGUCUGUGUCUCCAGCUGCUAUCUCCCAGUCUUGUCAAUACGUGAGAACCCUCGGUAAGGUUGUUCUGGUUGGUCUUCCAGCCGGCGCUGUUUGCGAAUCUCCUGUCUUUGAGCACGUCGUCAAGUCCAUCCAGAUCAAGGGAUCUUAUGUUGGUAACAGACAAGACACUGCCGAGGCCGUGGACUUCUUCACCAGAGGCCUUGUCCGUUCUCCAUUCCAAAUUGCCGGUCUUUCCGAGCUGCCUGAGGUCUUCAAGAAGAUGGAGGAGGGCAAGAUCUUGGGUAGAUAUGUCCUUGACACUUCUAAAUAAAUGACUAUAUUCCAAACAGAUUCAAUAAAAUCACAAGGUAAAUAACUG